UCAGAGCACCCUAAUUCCCUCUCUCUCUCUCUCUCUCUCUCGACUUCUCACCGGAAACCGCCUGCCGUCUUGCCUGCGCCGCCACGUAGCCGGCCUUUCCCUUUCCCUUUCAUCUCCGAUCAUCUCGUCUCUCUCUUUCCCUCACGAAACACCAUGGUAGGAUUUAAGAAUAGGUACUUGAUAAUGGAGGUUUUUCUGGACCCAAACAAAGAAUUUUCGGUGGAUGAACCUAUUAGGAUCACCUCGAAGAAUUUAUGGGAAGCAAUUGUAAAAAGCAUUCUUGUGAACUUUGGGGAAUGUGGUCUAGCGUCGGCCACAAAUUCUUCUAAAGUGAAGUAUGUGAAUCCAACUACAAAACAUGUCAUCAUUAGAACUUCAAGAGAGGACUACCAGAAAGUUUGGGCUGCAAUUACAAUGAUUAAGAGUGUGGGGCAUUGUCCUGUGGUUUUCAACCUCCUUGACCUUAGUGGAAGCAUCAAGGCCUGCAAAACUGCUGCUCUGAAGCUCGAGGAAUUGAAAUUUGAACAGUACAAGUUAUCAGCCGGUGAUCGCCUCACAGCCGAUGCUCAUAAGGAGAUGCAAAACUGCCUUGCGACUCUCAAACUCUUGGAACAUUAGUACUAAAUUUAUGCUUAGAUAAGAUGCGAGGCUAAGUAGUAGACAACAGAUAAAUUAUUUCCUUCUUUGUGGACCAUAUUUUUUCAGUGUAUUAGUGGAAUUUUUGAUACUCCAUUAAUGAAAAACAUUCCGUAAUUAAACUGCA